AUCACUCUUUCAAUAUUAAAAAUAAUAGAUUAAAAAUUAAAUAUCAAUAAUAAUAAUGAUCCGAUCUCCUAAUUCUUCUUCUUGGUGGUGUUGUUAUAGUAAUUGCUGCUGUUGUUGUUCAUCUGUCAAUUUCCCCAAAUUCUUACCAUCUCCUAGUCAUCAACUAAACACUAUUUUAACAUUUCCUCCCAAUGUUCAUUACUACUUCAAGUUAUCCGCAUCAUCAUCGAGAAUUAGUAAAAGAUAUGGGUAUGGAGGGCCGCCUAUUAAAAGACUUACUAUUGCUUCCAUGGAUUGGGACAUGUCUAGUUUUCCACUAGAUGAUAGAGCUGACAGUGAUGGUUCUGUUGGAUACACCUUCUCGUCAAGUGAAGGUGAAGAAAGUGAUGGAGAUAUUAUAUUAAAUCCAAUCACUGAUGUUGAUAUUCCAACAUCAAGUGAGCGUCGUCAGUCUGAUGAUUCCUUGACAACGGCUGCUCAAAGGCUGGCAAUGAUGGGUAGAUCCAGGAAGAGAAGCAGAGUUAAGUACGGAAUCUUAAUCAAUAUAGGGCUUGUUACCUUUUUGACAAUGCUUCUACUACUCUUGGAUUCACACGCAUGGAGGAUAGUUAGGCUUCCUUUACCACCAUUUCACUUGAUAUUCCCUUUUACAGCGUCUGCAAUCUUAGUGUCUUUCGCUGGCUAUAUAUGUGUUCCGUUAUUCCGAAUUUCAAAGAUGCAAAUGAUUAUUAGCAAAUGGCCAGCAAGGCACUCCUCUAAGAAGGGAACUGUCACGAUGGGCGGAUUGUUUCUUAUACCAAUCGGAGUAGUUGUGGCUGAAGUAUUAGUUGGAUUUUCUUCUACAGAAGUUUCAGGAGCAUCUAUAGCAACUUUAGCAUUUGCCACAAUUGGAUUAAUAGACGACUUUUUAACUCUGGUGAAAAGGAGGAAGAUCGGGUUAUCUCCGCGGAUAAGAAUUCUGUUCGAGGUAGCUGUUGGAACAUUGUUCUAUUUUUGGUUAUGUACCAGGAAUAUAUCUUCACCAUACAGCAUUAAAAUGGUGGUGCCUCUGCCCCUACCAUUGGGCCUGAUAUGCAUGGGAAGUUCUUAUUUAUUAUUGACUGUAUUAGGUUUUGUGUCAAUGACAAAUGGAGUGGAGCUAACUGAUGGUCUUGAUGGAUUAGCGGGAGGAACUGCUGCACUUUCUUUUAUUGGCAUGUCCAUUGCAGUUCUUCCAAUAUGUUCUGAUCUUGCUGUGUUUGGAGCAUCAAUGGCAGGAGCUUGUGUUGGUUUCCUUUUUCAUAACCGGUACAAGGCUUCUGUAUUUAUGGGUGAUACUGGAGCUUUGGCGUUGGGCGGAGCACUGGCUGCAAUGGCAGCUUCUACAGGAAUGUUCUUUCCGUUACUUAUUUCGUCUGGAGUCAUUGUAUUGGAAGCACUAUCUGUUAUAUUGCAGGUAUCAUAUUUCAAGACCACGAAGCGGUUGCAUGGAAUUGGGCGACGUUUGUUUAAGGUGGUUCCCUUGCAUUACCACCUUGAAUCAUGUGGGAUAAAGGAACCUGUCAUUGUUGGAGGUGCAUACAUUAUAUCAUGUAUAUUGAUGCUAUAUGCUGGAUACGUGGGUCUUAUCUCUGUAUAGCUUAUUAGGCCUUAUAUUUAUUCAUUCUAGGCACAUUCAUUGGAUGCUAUGCCCGAUUUGGUGCAUGAGGUUAUAGAUUUCACUUACACAGUA